AAAAGAAAGCGUCUGGAGAAGGAUGAUGAAUAACUGUCAGAUGAUCAAAACAAUAAACAAAAAUAAAUAGUCUUCUGUCACUUAAAUAAACAAUGUCAGUACAUAUUCCAAGCUCUGUUUUGGCUGCAGGAUGGAUCCCUUUUGUGGUUGUUAUUGUGGCCAUACUGGUGUUUUCCAUUGUGUACAUCCUAUAUUACACAAAUCGUCGGGAACGUGAAUGGUCGAGCGCCAUCAGUGCCAUUGUCUCCCUCAGCAUCACGUUAAUGACAAUUGCUCUCAUUCCUGUUGAUGUGUUCCUUGUGUCAUUCAUGAAAAAUGGAAAUGGAACUUUCAAGGAUUGGGCCCAGGACAAUGACACCAGAAUCUCCCUGGAAAAUUCUGUGUUGUAUGGGUACUACACGAUGUAUGGGAUGAUCACAUUCUGCAUGUUCAUCCUACUGCCCUUCAUGUACUUCUUCUAUGAGGAGAGAGAGGAGGAGGCCACAUGCAAAUCUAGAUGUUGUGGAGCACUGAAAUACUCCAUUGUCUUUUUCAUCCUCAUGUUUGUCCUGCUGUUAGUUGGUGCACUGCUGCAUACAAAGCAAGUGGACAAUCCAGGCAAUAAAACCCAAUCAGAUAUUGACAGGCUCAUGUCCCUCUUUGACAUGGAAAGCAAUUGGGUUGAGAGGAGUCUGUCCCUGGCAUUAAGUGUGCUAAGCCUGAUCGGAAUGUUGGCUGUCAUCUUUUAUACGUCGUAUGGGAUGGCCUCUCUUCCCAUUGGUCUGAUCAAAGGCCAUCGCAAUGUAAGGAAAGAGAGACUGGGUGUGCAGGACAGAAGGGCCAACACACGAGACAGAAUGCAGGCCAUUAGGAAUAAGUACCUCGGUGGCAAGCGUGUAUCGCGUCGGGAUGCUUCACGAUUGGCAGAACUGGAGGAGUCUGAGGUCCUGAUGGAGCGUCAGGACCGGCACCUGGAGGCUCGUGACACCUGUUGCCAGCGCUUGUUCCUUGUGCUUCGACCCUUCGCUGUAAUGUUUGGCAUUCUUCUCAUACUUGUGGCUACAACGGUCUUCCUAUCACUCCUCCUUACUAACAUCGACAAGACAUUGGCUAAUGGUCUAGGCCCCAAGAGUGGCUACGCCCUGAAGAAGCCCACACUGCCCAAUGUUGUGGACAUUGUUCUUGUGUUUUGUCAGCAGGUGUUCCCGCUGGACUACAUUGUGUUUGGACUACUGGCCUUGUACCUAGUGUUCAGCUCCAUGACAGGCAUCAGGGAUCUUGGCAUCUGGUUCUUCUGUCUCAGGAUGUACAAGAUGCGGCCCCGCAGGACCCCACCCCAAGGCAUCCUGAUGAUGUGCUUCAUUCUGAUGCUCACCCUGCUGGGUAUCAACAUUCUCUUGUAUGAACUCACACCCCAGUACACUUCCUUCGGCAACCAGCACUACUGGACAACUGCUGCUGGUACCAACACAUCAUCGCUGGUCAGAUGCAGCUAUGAUAGUACAGACAACCGCAUGAAAGACGAGUGUGUGGCCACAAGGAUGUCCAUGUUACUGACUCGCAUAUUCUACAACAUGUGGUUCUUCGGGGCUGCCUACUACUGGAGUACCUGGCUCUUCCUGUUGUGUAUCCUGAUUGGUUUUCUUGUGGCCAUCUGUCGGAAGUCUCGUUCUGCCAUUGAUGGCGAGGUAGAUGCAGAUGACAUCGUUGACAGUGAUGAUGAAGAACUGUUAUCUGGCUAAACAUUACAUGCCGGGGAGAUAAUGGCUUUUACACUAUAUCAUGACAAGGGAAAGAACACUGCUCUAUUAUAAAGGCUUAAUAUAUACUCAUAGAGUGAAUGAUUACAUUUUUGUUUUAUCAUUAUAAUGGUAUUUGAACGUGAAAGACAUAAAAGUUGUAAAAGAUUAUAUGGACAGUUUGAUGGUUUAAAGGGACUAGACACCAGAUGAUACAAUUGCAAGAGAAAAUGAAAAUAGUCUAAAACAAGCAUAAAUUGAUAUCAUUGUGUACCAUUCAUUGAAUCUAUUUAUUGGUGUAUCACAUUGCUUAUGACAGAUGUAUCACAGUUUUUGCGUAUUUUUCUAAUUUGAGAUUUACUGGUUAUGUCUAUCACGUAAAUCCCAGUAAAUUAAAAAAUAAAAGUCAAACACAACCAGUUUGUGAACAACAUUGACUUACGUACAAGUGCAAUAAAGCCUAUUCAUGCCAAGUGGCUCAUGAAAGCAAACGAUACUCUACAAAAAAAGUCAUGCAAAACCAGAAAUGAUUAAAUCAUCUUUUGAAAAGUGCGGAAUUUAAAAUUUUGAUCAAUAUUUUGCAUAUUGCAUUUAUAAAACAUGUUUGUUUACAUAAUGUAAGUAAUAUAAUUAGUUUCUUUAUAGAAUUUAUUUGUAUUUUGUAAACUUCUGAUAGUGUGGAUAUAUAUGUUGGUCAACAUAUUCGUGAGUUUUGUCAAUUCGCGAAAUUCGCAAACAUUUCCGUGUCAUAAACUUAACCACUUAUACAGUAGCGUCGGUAUACUAACUUGAACUAAUAACAUGACUUUCACAUGCUUAAUAUACACUAUAAACUGGGAAACCAUUAUGCACUAAUUUUAAACGGGUAAACUCAGCUAACCAAAUUUUAUUUUAAUGCUGUAAAAUGAUGUAUUUUUGUCAUCAUACUACCGUAUUAUAUCAUGUAUAGGACGCUAGCAUAGAUAGGACGCAGGCAAAAAAAUAGUUGAGAAAACGGGUAAAACCCCUUAAUAUAUAAGAUAGGACGCAGCGGAAAAAUGUUAAAAUCGGAGACGAAAAAUUGAGGUUGGUAAAGUAUUUAUAACAUAUAUUGAAGUAAAAAACAAACAAAAAAUUGUAUAUUAGGCAUAUUUCGAUAACUGUCUUGUGUAUUUCGAUAAUUAUCGUCGUAUUUUGGUAAUUUAGCGUACAUAACAAAGAUAUAUGUCUUGACAUUUUGAGAACAUUCACGCAUAUUAUAAGACUUAUACAAAUGCCGUAAUAGUCCCGACUGAGAGUCAACCGUUGCAACCGUUGCAAUAGUCCCGACAUGCCUUCUGAAUGACAGUCAACCGUUGCAACCGUUGCAAUCGCAACAAAACUGUAUUGUCAAAACUGAGGAUUGUUUUGAUAAGGCUUGUCGCUGCGCGGAUUAAAGCAUGUAUGCAUAAUUAAUGCGUGUCGGUAAUUAGUCUUGCCAGCGGAAGGCACGUCAGGUAAAGUGCGAACAAACAACCAUUUUUCUAAUGACAGACAGCGGGUGUUUUUCACACCUUCGCACAUUUGAAAAGAUUUGAUAUUGACAAUAAUGCUACUUUGCGUUAUGCACAUUCCUUCAUUAAUUUUUUAAAACAGUAACAUACAACAAAAUGUUUUGUAAAAUAUCGAAACAUUAAAAUCAUGAACAACGAUUAAUUGAUAUUUACCUCCUUUCCCGAUUUUCCGUUGCCGUUAUAACUCAAUCCAGUUAAAAUGCUGACUCACAUCGGGUUUUUGUGAGUAGCGUCCCUUUUAUAAAAAAGUAAACACUCGUAUUUUUUUUUCAAUUUAUUUCUCAAUAAAUCAUUUUAAAGUAAACAUUCAAUAUAUUUCUGCGUGUGUUAACUUGCGUGAUUUUACAUAUGUCAGUUGUUCUCUUCGGUGACGCAGUACAGAUACUUACUAUUACCGCGUUCUUCCCCGGUCCAAUAUUUUCGACCCGAAAUGGACUUGGAAAAAACAGAUGCAAUUCUAAUAGCAUAGAAAGGACGCAGGCACUUUUUAAGACGAGAAUUGGGGGUAAAAAAGUGCGUCCUAUGCAUGAUAUAAUACGGUAGCUCAAAUUGACAGUUCUAGGCUUGUUUGAAGGAAGUACUGUAUUUGCUGAUUUUGGGACCAGGUGUCUAGUCCCUUUAAAGUGAACAGGGUCUAUCUGCUUCUUUAUUAGACGUCACUUACAACCAUUUCGCUCUUACCUCUCAAAUUGAACAUAUUGUUGAUUGUUUUGAUUUUCAUUCAUUGAUAGCUCACUUGAUUUUACAACACGGUUAAUAACUGUGUGGUCAUUUUGCGCAUUCAUGUUGAUGAUGUACCUGUGCUAAUUUGCAGAGUUUAUAGAACAAUGUUGGUUGGAAUUUGAAGUCAUGAUUUAAUUAAUGUUACAUGUAUAAUGUGUGAAUUUACAGUUAUAUUAUACAAACCUAGUUGUGAGAUACGGGGCUGAUUAUUCUGAACUUUGUUAACAUAAACAUUGUUUACCUUCGAAACUUAACUACUAUGGAAGUUUCGUGCACAUCUGUGUAAUAUGCAUUACUUUUUACAAAUGUUGAGACAACUGUUUCAUCUGUGCUUGUUUGUAUUUUUAAAUAUAUCUGCACAUCAAGUAGGUCGCCUUGAAAUAUAACCAAUGUUGCCAUUAAUAGUGUUGUAUUUUUUGUUCUGAACAAUCAGCUUGUUGUGUGUAAUGCAAGGUUGGUCAUUUUAUCUUUUACAUAGUUGUCAAGUAAAAUGAUUGUGCAAUUAUUGUAUAUUUUGUGAUAUGACUUUGCCUAUGUUUUUGUACCUAUGUUUAAUAUGAAAUUUUGUGGUCUGAACCUAACAGUGAUAGCUUUAAGCAAAAACAGAUCAAAAGAUGUUCUACUUUUAAGUUAAAGAUUUAGUUAACAACCAUAACAUAGUUUUCUAUAAUUAAGUUGAUAAUUUUAAUUCCUUGACAUCUUAUAUGAGAAAAAUUGUGACUUGGUAUUAAUGAUAAUGUAAAAUAUGACAUGACGUGAAAUAUGACUUGUGAAAUAUGACUUGUAAAAUAUAACUUGUGAAAUAUGACAUGUAAAGUAUGACAUGUGAAAUAUGACAUGUAAAAUAUGACAUGUGAAAUAUGACUUGUAAAAUAUGACUUGUAAAAUAUGACAUGUAAAAUAUGACCUGUGAAAUAUGACUUGUGAAAUAUGACAAUGUGACAAUAACUCAGUUUAAGUACAAUCUUGAAGAAAAAGACUCCCUCUUAUUUUUGAUUGCCAGAAUACAGAUUUAGAUUGUGCUUCAUGUUUUACUAUGUUAAUUUCUAAUAAAUUGUUUUUUGUUUUA